GUUGCAUUCUUAAUAUUAUGCAAUAUCGUCUGGGUAACAGAACGAUUCAAGGAUCUUGAUCAUGGACAGCUUCACGUCCUUGAUGUUAUUGUUAAUCGCUGCUUUGGUCCCUUCACUAUCGAAGGGCUUUAGUACCUUUUCYCCAACAAAAUACAUUUCGUCGUACACAACAAACGAAGACAAUCAACACAAAACGAUGUGUGAAGAUGAUUAUUGCGAUGAUGCUGAUUAUAACUUAUGGUGGUUUUGGUUGUUUUUGGUUGUUGCUAUUAUUUUUACAUCACUAUGCUGUGGAGUUUGUUGUCGAUUGCGUCUUGAACAAAGGCGCAGAAGAAUAUUAAUACUUACUGGAGAAAGACCCAAUAGCUAUUCCUGUUAUGGAACCACAGAGGUUAUUGCMCCUGUAAUAUUAGCACCACAACAACCUGGAUACAAUAAUUMUAACCCUUAUGGAUAUCCACAACCCAAGCUACCAGGAUACACACCUACAGCAGAAAACAAGGGGAAACCACCACCAUAUACUUAGCUUUACACUGGAUGUAAUAUAUGGAUGGUAGGAGAACAUCUAUAGGAAUAAAGCUUAAAGGAUUGGUGAUAGAGCGCCUAGUGGAUCUGUGCAGCCCCCUGAGGUCUUGUGCUAUCUUCUAUUUUAUAACAAAUUUGUGAUAUGCUACUCAUCCUUGAGAACCUUGCACCCACUUCUUCAAAGAGAUCCAGGAUCUGUUUAUGUCUAGGAUAUGGAUGUUAACUAAAUUAUAGGCCAUUCUAGUUGAUGAUCAUGCUGGGAUUUUUUAAAAUACUAAAAAUACUACUUAAAAGUAGUCAAAUAAAGGUCAAAUUGUAGUAUUUAUUAUGAAGACUUGCAAAUUGCUUUAAUUAAAUUACUAUAUGUGUGCAUAUAUCAUUUAUAAAGCAGUGCAAGCAGGCUUGGUGCUUCUUGCCCCAGUUUGUUGUUAGCUUACAUUUCCUGAUCAUUGUAGUAUGCUGUUGGUGAAAUAUACUAUGGCUCUGUAAUCAAAUGGUACGUUGAAAUAGGGAAAUUUUUAUAAGCAUACACUAACUAGGCUAUGUAGAGGUCAUAUGAUAGACUUGUUUUCAUUAACCAAUGAAAUAAAAUAUAUAAUAGUCAAAAUAGCUAUAAUAAUGUGUGAUAGAUAAGAAAAGAAAAGAAAAAACGUGUACAAUAAAGACUUAAUAUAAAGUCUUGUACGCUAAAGAGUAUUUUAUAGAUUAAUGAAACUGCUCUUAGAAAAGCUCAUGAAACUUUGUACUUAAACAUCUGCAAAAAUUUUAUUAACACAAAUUUGUCCAAGAAUGUACAUUGUUUUGUUAAAAUAGGCGAGUUAAGUAGACCACUAAUAAUUUAUGCAGUCAGGUAACAUUUUGAUCAAAGAAAUAUCAUAUAUUUAAAAUUAUUGGAUACGAUAAAAAAAUUAUUAUCCACGUAGUCAGUUAGUGUGUAUUUUUCAUUCUAUUUGACAAACACACUUUGACUACAGAGAUAUCCUGAUAAGAACUUUUCAGUUUUAAUGUAAAACUAACUACAGUAGUUACAGAAAAAUAUGAACAAAUAAACGUAUAUAUAUCA